CUCAUCCAGAUCAACCACCACCACCGACGACAUCGCGAACCCCUCGCCGGCCCCUUAAAAAGUACAUCGCGACACCGAUAUCGACCGAGAUAAGUGGAUGAAGCAGGAUCUGAUAUAGCUGGAGCGCUGUUGUGGGUGUGCUGGUGCGAUUUGCGACCGUCGCCCUAGGAACAACCUACCCUUCCUCCGCCCUCUUCGGCCAUCGAGAAUCAUCGAGAGGACGCUGCCUUUUGAUCCGCGAGUCGGAGUCGGAGUCGAACACACGGUCCUCGAUUAUCCAUCGCUUGAGACGGGUGCCGGCGCAUCUGGCAAACAUCGCUCUUCGAACCUGCACGGUUCUUUCGCCCCUGGCCGCGGAGCACAACAGUCGACAGACUCUUUGUCCGCCCAAUCACCCUUCCCUCGACAUCUUUGACAAUCUCGUCUCUACGAACGCUAUGCCUUCCGACCACCCACAGACACCCCAGAGUCCUUCUACAGCCUCCUCCAGCGCAGCCGACCAGCCCCGAAAACAAUCAGCCUCACCUCACAUCUCCCACUCGCUCCCCACACCCGCACACAGCAUCAACGGCAGCAUGUCUUCCAACUCAGAUAUCGCAUUGGAGGCGGCUAUGCUUCAGGACGCUCUUCAUGAGGAAGUUUCUAACAAGCGUAAGCGUGAUGUUGAAGACAACGGGGAUCGAGAUCAGAAGAAGGUACAUGUCGAGGAUAGCAGAGCCAGUAUUGACGACCUCCAUUUGGACGUCGGUGAAAAAUAUCUUCUCUGUAGAACUCCCCACCCUGCUCGCCUCCCAGAUCUCAAACAAGAUUUAUAUGCUAUGUAUUCUCUUGAAGACCUUGCAAAGUCUGUUGCACGAACGAACCCCGAUGGAUCAAAGGCGGUCAAGCUGCGCAAGACGUACAAGAAUCAUAUCAAGGAACAUGGAGUCAGUGGCGCCUUUGACUCGGUCAAGAAGGAGAUGGAUGCGCCCGAUACACUACUGGCUAUGAUGCUUGCACCCGAAGAGGAAUGGGAUGCACAGUUCACACGAGGAAAAGAAUUUGGCAAGGGUCUACCAGAGACCGUGAUGGCUAGCAUGGGCAAGGCUUUCACAAUGGCGAGAGGUAUCAUACCGAAGACUUCAUGGAACGCUGCAGUUCUGGGUGAGCUGGUUUCUGCUCCUUCCCAAACCGAAUCUGCAAAAGUCAUGCAGAACGGGAACAAGGCUGGGGCCCCACAAAAUCCGAGCAUCGCCCGAACCGCCAAGUCAGACCCGCCACGUCCGAAACGCAACCUGAAGAAACGGACAUAUGGCGACUCGAGCUUUGAGGGUUAUGGUGAGGGGUAUGUGGAUGACGAUGCGCAAGAGACUGGGUAUUCCGGCACAGAUGGUGAAGAUCGGGCCGGGAGCAGGAAGCGUCCAAAGAAGACUUCACAAAGUCACAGCUUCCAAAAUCCCCCGAUGCGCCAAAACAGUUACGGUCCAGGCAUGGUUGGAGCUUGAUAGUCAGUAGCAGACUACGUGCUCCACUGUCCAUUGUAUGGUAUACGAUGUUGAUUCGGGCAAUCGAGGGGGCUGGCAUUUGCCCACAGCACUCGAUAUAUACUCGCGUCCGCUUAUCACAGAAUGCUCAUAGAUUGGCAUACACAGAUGAUAUGGCAGCGGGCGGGAUAUCCAGCCAAGCUCAGCGCUUUUGGCUGAGAGACCCACGAUAGUCUCUAGCGGUGAAUGUUUGAUGGCACGCUUUCCAGUGGCCUCUAGCGAGGAUUGCAUUUCUGGUUGUAGCGGGAGUCUGGUCUGGAUGGAUAGGCAGAGUUGGCAAGGACGCGAUUCACGGUCUCUCUGCAAACGUACUCCAAAAUAAUGCAAAAAGCAUUCAAGUAUCUGAAUCAUGUCUCUUGGUGAUCCCUUCCCUAGUACCCAAGUGAAACAAACGAAG